GUUCCGGGCAGCAGCGUGUUUGUAGCGUUGCACGCCUGAGGAGGACGUUUUGAUGCAGACAUAGUUUGUCUUUAACGGCUGUUCUUGUCCUCAACAUGGUGAAAUUAUCUGCGGAGCUGAUUGAGCAAGCUGCUCAGUAUACUAACCCAGUGAGAGACAGGGAGUUGGAUUUACGAGGUUAUAAAAUUCCAGUGCUUGAAAAUCUUGGAGCGACUCUGGACCAGUUUGACACUAUUGACUUCUCUGAUAAUGAAGUCCGAAAACUGGACGGAUUUCCUCUGCUCAAAAGACUGAAAACAUUGCUUAUGAACAACAACAGGAUAUGUCGCAUAGGUGAGAAUCUGGAGCACUGUCUGCAUAGUCUGACAGAACUGGUUCUCACAAACAACAACAUUCAGGAGCUGGGUGACUUGGACCCGCUGGCCACAGUAAAGACGUUGAGCCUUCUCAGCUUGCUAAGGAAUCCAGUCACAAACAAGAAGCAUUACAGGCUCUAUGUCAUCAACAAAAUCCCACAGAUCCGUGUGCUCGACUUCCAGAAGGUCAAACUUAAGGAACGCCAGGAGGCAGAGAAAAUGUUCAAAGGCAAACGAGGUGCUCAGCUUGCAAAGGAUAUUGCCAGGAAAACCAAAACAUUCACUCCUGGAGUGGCAGCACAGCUUGAGAAGAAGAAGACGGGCCCGUCUCAAGCCGAUGUGGAAGCCAUCAAGAAUGCCAUCGCUAAUGCUUCGUCGUUGGCCGAGGUGGAGAGGUUGAAAGGGAUGCUGCAGGCUGGUCAGAUCCCAGGACGAGAGCUGAGACAAGAUCCAGCUGAGGAGGAGGAGGAGGAGGAAGAGGAGGAGGAGGAGGAGGAGGAGCAGCAGCAGCAGCAGCAAGUAGAGGAAGACACUGCACAUAUGGAUGGAGGUUCUGUAGAGGAGAUGAAUAAGGGUCAACAACAACAACAACAACAGGAGGAGGAGGAAGAGGAGGAGGAUGAAGACAUGGAACAAGAGCCACAUGUUAAUGGCUCCUGAAUACCUGGAAAUAUCUUUAGUUAUUUUCUAUGUUGUCAUUUGUUUGAGUUGAACAUACCCAUACCGGAGCUUUUAUUUGGUAAAAUCCAAUCCAUUAAAGUUAAAUUUCUAAUGUUACUGUCCAGAUUAUUCUAAACUGUCUGGACAUUCCCAGCUGAAUGCGGUCCAUCUGUUUGCCAAUGUCCUGUGUUUUGUGUUCGGCAUCGCACUUCCAUACAGUUGUGGACUCCAAAGGAUUCAAUAUGGUAGCAAUCAAAAUGCUAAAAGCUUGGCUUUGACGUUUAGUGACUCGUAGGAGCACGAUUCAGAGAUCGCUGAAGCCUACAUUUCCCUAAAUGCAAUUCAGAGCUUCGGUUUGUAAUGUUCUGGCUGGGACCUUUGGAAGUUGUCUUGCUUACAACAUUAAAUCAGUAAUUUUAUUUAAUUGUUUUUCACAGAUUAGCAAUUAUGAAUCCAUUAAUGUCCAACUGUAAACACAUUUCUACAACACCAUUGCGGGUUUUUUUUUUCAUAAAUAAAAUUGUUUGCACAAUU